AUGUCGAUAGCAGGCGAAGAACGCGAUGGGAUUGUGUCUGAGGGGAUGUCGGUGUCUAGCUCGAGCAGUGUUCCUUUUCCACCUUCAUCUGCAAACCUGGCGUCGCAGAGUGCGCCUGUUCUAGUUCACUCUGAGUCUUCGAGCUCCAAUCUUACGAGCUCAGACAAGCUUUCCGCACUCCCUGGGAUACACUCAUCGCCCGCUCUGGAUCGCCUGCUACAAGCUACGCGACCUGCAAGGCGAAGCUUGGACGCGCCCGGCUCUCAGGUUCUACCUUCGCUCGAGUCUGCGUCCCCAGGUCUCGUCAAUCUGUCGAGAUUCCCAUCUCGUGCAAGUGGGUCAGAGAACUCUGUAGCUGGACGUGAAACUCCGAAACAGCGCGUCUCGUUUGAGAGCGACCAUGUUUCGCUACCUGCGACAUUCCAGAAUAUCAGACAAGUGGACCUACUAGCAAUGUCGAGCCGUGUAUCUCAGCGCAAUGACCCGUCUGCCGCAUCACCAUUCGCUCGCUCCGAAGAAAGUUCGCACCCUGCAUCACAGUCUCAACGUCCUACCAUCAGUACCUCUCCUCGUAAGCAAGGCGCCACCACUCCACAUUCUGCAUCACCUUCACAAUCUCGCGCCGCGUCGCCUCUCAGGUGGUUUGGUUGGAACCUUCAUCGUGCACAUUCCCGAGACGAGCCGUUCAUUCCGGUGGACCCCUUCCGAAUUCACUUUCCGUUCUUCGCUUCGCCCUCUUCUACUCCGCAGCGGUCCAGCGUAGCUCUCCUCGACGUGAAUUGUGCAACGUGUCUGCCCUUACCGACCAAUUGCACGCCCGGAUCGAAGUUUCGCUUCCGCUCCUGCGCGCACGGACUUCGGAAGGCUUUGACGGACACCUUACCGCGCCAUAUUUACCUACACAGCCUCUUCCGUCUACCAGCCCUCUAUUUUUCCCGCGUUGCCCGUAUAUUCGAAGACGCAGAGGUCAGCAAGCACGAAAUACAACGGAUGAUUGAGGCUUGUGCACCCGCCAAUACCGAGAAUGACCUAGCUGCAGGCAUUGGUGCCAAUCUUGGUAUCAGUGCUGCAUUCGGCCCAGCUCGAUCCCGCAAUGGAGGCUCUGUGUUCCCUUUCCCCGAAGAUUGGAACCCACCAACUGUGUCUCCCGCGCUCUCUCGUUUCAAGCAUUCUUGGGAGUUGUUCGUCGAUACGCUCAUUCGCGAAUGGAAGACACUUAACUUGGUCUCUGUCUUGCUGUGCACUGCGAUCCUUACAAUGUUCCAGAUUCAGGAUGCCGCUGGCGACCCUCUGACCCGCUUCGCGGCUCUGUUUUCGCUCAUUUUCGCUAUAAUGAGCCUGACUUAUGGCUGCGUUUACAUCGUUCAGUUCGGCGCUAUGCGCAGCAUGUACAAAGCAUCUCGCUGGGCAGAGGAGGCGCAGAAGACCAAGACAUUCAUUUGGUGGAACAUCUGGGUCCUUCUCGCGAUGCCCGCCAUCUGGCUCGCCUGGGCGAUGGUCGCCUUCUGCGUCGCCAUCCUGUCCUACAUCUGGCGCACCGGCUCGUCCGCGGACCCGUCCGACGGCACGCGCCAGCCACUCUCUCCGAGCCAGGCGCUCGCCGUGCGCAUCGUGCUCACGGCCGUCUUCACACUCGGGCUGGUCUACUUCGUCAUGGCCCUGCGCACGUUCGCGUCCUACGGCGAGCGCGAGGCGGGCUGGCGGCGCAGCUGGCUCGCCACCAGGCACCCCAGGAUGGGCGAGCGCGCGCGCGAGCGGAGGCGGCCGGAGGAAGACAGGGAUCGCGAACGUGGCAGGCGCAGGGAGCGUGAUCGGCAAGGGCAGGGGCACGAACGGGAGCGCUCGCCCGACGUGGAUGGAAAGCAGAGCCCCAUCACGGGACUGGGCCUCCUUGGUGUGUCUGGCAGCAGCGUCAAGGGCUUUGCGAGUGUCUCGAGCGUCCUGGCGGAGGACUCAGACGGAGAGAAGGGUGAGAAGAGACACAGCACGUAUCCGAUGGGCGACUUGAAAGGGAAGGUUUCACCGAAACUCUGA